CUCAUCUCACACCACCAGGAAACAACCACGCACACACACCACCAACGAGCACAACACAACCCAUCACGAGACAGCCAACAAACAAUGAACAACUUUGUGCUCCUCCAGUUUCGCUUGCUCACCGCCUUCUCGAUGGCAAUCGCCGCGGCGGCAUCCACGACCGCUCUCCGGGGAAGCGAGCAAACCCUGCCCGCUUCCGAAACGAGCAGCCUCCGCAACGGCCGAAGCCUCCGCCGCAGGCUCGAGGUGCACACGCCGACCACCUGCCGGCUCUUCCUCGACGAGAUCGCCUACAAGACCAAGGGCCCUAGUCCGGACGAAGACCCGCGGGUCGCCACCGCGAGGCGCGAGACCGAAUCGAAGGCGGAUCGCCCGAAAGCCGAAGAUCCCUUGGUCCUGGACGACCCCCUGGACGGGGACCGGUGGAUCUGCGAAAUAAGCUCUCCCGAAGAAUCCGCGCGCAUCGGGUGGCAGCUCGUGGAGAUCGACGGCCUGGAACGGGCCGUCGGCGUUGACGCCUCCUCUCUCAAGUCGGGGACGUCGGUUCUGACCAUCGGCAGAGCCAUCAUCGAAGACGUCGACACCAAUCCAAGAAUGUACAUUCCGGCCGGUUCCAUCCUCGACCUGCGCACCGAGGGAGGCAUCGGCACGGAGGGGACCUCCAUGAGAAACAGCCAGGACCUGCUGGCGGGCACGCAGCUCGCGGGGACCCGGGUCGAGACACGGGAGGGAAAGGCCGGGAGCGGCAAGAAGUCCCUGACCGUCCUCGCCGUCCGCGUGAUCGAUGCCAAGGGCCGCGCGCCGGACGCCGGCCUCAAGCAGCUGGAGAACGACAUCUUCGACGACGAGGUCUGCCUCCGGUCGCAGAUCGAGGCCUGCUCGCACGGGAAGCUCUCCAUCGAGCCCUUUUCGGGGCGUACCAAGACCAACGUGGCCAUCAACCGCGGGGUCGUGAACCUUGUUCUCGACUCCCACGACAUCUCCGCCGACAACGACUACAACACCCUCCUGGGGGCGGCCAUGAAGGCCUCCCAAGCCAAGCUCGGAGACCUCAUCAACAGCAAGGAGUUCGAUCUCGUCAUGAUGUGCAUGCCCCCCGGGACGCUCAAGGGCGGAGCCGAGUGGCUGGCCCACGCCUAUUCGAACGGGAAGAUGUCCUUCUACAACAACAGCUGUUCCCCCGUAUCGAUGCAGCUCCACGAAAUCGGACACAACCUCGGUCUCGCUCAUUCGGGAGACGAGAGAACCACCUACGGCGACAAGUCGGGCCUGAUGGGCAGUUCCAACGACCUCGACGACAUCCGGAUGUGCUACAACCCCGCCAAGAGCUACCAGCUAGGCUGGUACGACGAAAAAGUCAAGACCAUCAAUCCGAUUUCGAACAACAAGCCGGAUCUCCCCGUUCGCCAGUUUACCCUUCGCGGCGUUGCCGAUUACAACGCCAAAGCGGUCGACGAUGCACUCGUGGUCCUUCGACUGGAACAAACCGAUCUUGUUCCAGACUACUACGUUGGCUACAAUCGCAGGGACGGAGCCAACAGCGAUGUCAUGGAGGACUGGGACAAGGUCACGAUCGUGCGCAAGGAUUCCGGAAGCCCCUCCGAAUACGGCAGGUCGACCAAGGUCGCCAGCUUGUACGUCGGCCAAUCCUACAGGAUCAAGUCCUUCAACGGUCAGAGCAAGCGCACCGUCGAGGUCAAGUUCCUCGGUCUCCGAAACGGCUUCGGGGACGCGGUCGUCAAGGUCACGGACCUCCGAAACAGCCCUCCGUCCACCAACGGUGCAAAGGCCCCUCCCUGCAGGAUGCACUACGUCGACGUGAAAGCCGAUCUUUAUCCGGACGACAACGCCUGGUACAUUGCCAAAGAAGACUACGUCAACGGCAAGCUCGUCGAGACGGCCGUUGCGGCCGGCGAACCCAUCCUGGAGGCCUACGGCACGUCACGAACCAAGGUGUGUCUCCCCUACAACGCCAAGUAUCGAUUCGUCGUGUACGACCACUUCGGGGACGGCCUGCUGCAGGGAGACAAGGGGUACUACCGCGUGGCCGAUGCCACGGGCAAGGUUCUCUUCAAAUCGGACGACCUCACCCCAUUCAAACACGUCGUCCAACCAAUCUCGGUCGGUUCCUGCGAAGACAUGAACGGCGGACGGCUCAAGUGGAAGAAAAACAAGAUAAAGACCUGUGCAUGGGUCGCCAAGAACAAAAAGUGCAACAGGAAAUACGGCAGGUACAAAACGCCGCUGAAGAAAAUUUGUUCCCGGUCGUGUGGCGUUUGUGGGAAAUAAAAGCAUCAAGGGAACAGGGCACGAGUGGAGCACUCUUAACAUAAAUAUACAGUAUAGAA